AGAAAGAGACGCGGCUAAAACGCACGGAACGGUUUGGGACCGCGGCAGUGCCUUCUGUACCUUACACCGGAUAUCUCGCCUGCUUUUUUCCUUCCUCAUCUUCUCUCCCACCUUUUUAAUGGACACUUUUGAAAAGACAUGAGCGUGAGCUAUGGCAACCCGCCGGACUGAUUAAAACAUUUAAGGGACUGACUUCGUUUACUUCGUUUCGGACGGAUAGAAACACCGGAUGAUUCCUCUGUCUCAUUUUCUUUAAGAUCGCGUCUGACAGACAGAAGGACAGGCAGACAGACAGACAAACGGACAGUGUACCUGGAUGAGAAAUGGCUCUUGCGCUCACCAUCCUCUCGCUUUUCUGCGUGCUCGUGGCGUGUGCGCGCGCGGACGGCAACAACGCAGGCGGCAAAGCGCGCAGCUGCUCGGACGCGCGGCGCUUCUAUAGCGGCAAAGGCUUCACGCUCAACGGAGUCCCGCACGCCGAGAUAUCGGGUGAGCAUUUGCGAGUGUGUCCUCAAGGCUACACAUGUUGCACAAGCGCCAUGGAAGAGACGCUGUCCAACCUGAGCCGCAGAGAGUUCGAGGGAUUGGUGAGAGAAGCAGGACGCUCCAUUCAGGCUUCCCUGAAUGCCCAGUACAGGAGCUUCGACACGUACUUUCUGGACCUCCUGGACAGGUCUGAGGGCUGGCUGGGGGAAUCAUUUGCUAAGGCACUGGGAUCUCUAUACUCACCCAAUGCUGGGGUUUUUCGUGACCUCUACGCUGAUCUGCGCCGAUAUUACCGCGGCACAUCGCUGAAUCUAGAGGAGGCACUUGAUGAGUUCUGGAUGCGUUUGCUAGAGCGGCUGCUGAAAGCCUCUGACCCGUCCCUCGUCUCUGAUGAUUUCCUCGAGUGCGCAUCCAAACAGACGGAGACCCUGCGUCCAUUCGGGGACGCUCCUCGAGAGCUCAGGGUUCGACUGGUGCGUGUGCUGGUUGCUGCUCGUGCCUUUGUGCAGGGUCUCAAUGUGGCUGGCGAGGUUGUGAGGAAGGUUUCUCAGGUUCCUCUGAGCCCUGAGUGUAACCGUGCCAUUAUGAAGCUUGUGUACUGCCCACACUGCCGUGGCCUCGGUUCGGCUAAACCCUGUGCCAACUACUGCAAGAACGUCAUGAAGGGCUGUCUGGCUAAUCAGGCUGACCUGGAUGCAGAGUGGCAGAAUCUUAUCGAUACUAUGCUUCAGGUGGCUGCUAGCUUUGCCUCUGAGCCCAGCAUGGAUGUGGUGCUGCACUCCAUCCCUGUACGCAUCUCAGAGGCUGUGCUGCAUAUGCAGGAGAACAUGGAGCACUACACCAGCAAGGUUUUCCAGGCAUGUGGAGGGCGUGGAGAAGAAGGAACCCAGAGCUCAGUGUCUGAUGAGCCCAAAAAGAAGGGGAAGAGUGUCACAGCAGUGGAGUACAAACCCAGCUCCCCAGCAGCUGUCAGACUGGAAGUGCAGGUCUCUGAUGUAUCUAGUAAAAUGAAGGAGAUGCAGCUGUACUGGAUUCAGCUCCCCUCGGCUCUGUGUGACAGUAAAGCAGCAUCCGGAUCCUCCAGUGAUGACGACUGUUGGAAUGGUGUGGCCAAAGCACGGUACCUCCCCCAGCUCAUGGGAGAUGGUCUGGCCAAUCAGGUCAAUAAUCCUGAGGUGGACAUUGACAUCACCAAGCCUGACAUGAAGAUACGGCAGCAGAUCAUGCAGCUGAAGAUCAUUUCUAAUCGCCUAAAAAAUGCCCUUGACGGCAAUGACGUGGAUUUUCAGGACACAAGUGAUGACAUCAGCGGUUCUGGCAGUGGCACGUGCAGUGAGCAGCUCUGUGUCCGAAGCGGGCCGCCGGUCUUUGGGCCUAAACUGGACAGACCCAAAUUGGACGCGUAUAGCCCAGAGGACAAACAAGUGAAAGGUGGUGGGGGUCCAUUUGUACCAUCUGCCUUCCUAAUAGUGGUGCUGAUCUUGAUCAAUUUGCUGUUCAGACGGUAAUACAAACACAGUCCUGCCACCAAACUGGACCUGGGGGAUUCGGAUGGGUUAGUAGGGAACUGAAGAAAAACUGACAAGUUAGUGAGCUGACAAGAUUGCCAAAUGAAAAAUCAUGUGGCUGAUUGGACCUUUUUUUCUCUGUGAGACUGAGGGAACGAUGUCGUUUUGUAUGUAUGUAAGUUUUACAGCUGAUUUUUGUCUUUCUCUGUACCUUUGAAUGUCAAAAAAGUAACAAAUUCUUGGAGAUGUCUUUUUUUUUUUGUAAUGAUGGGUGAUGGUGCACAUGACUCAAAAACCUCAUAAGCAAGUUGUCCAAGCAGUGAGUCUGGGCUUCAUUUUAUUUUACAAUGCUAAUUUAUAAACAACUUCCUUUUUUUCAGCACUUCACAUAUUAAAAAAAAAAGGUAAAAUAAAACAAAACAAAAAGAAGAUCUACAUGUUUGGAUGCAUGGACAUGCAUUUAAGGAACGAUGAAACAUUUGUCCCAGAAAAUGAAAUAAUUAGAUAAGAUUAAAUCUACUAAAUUCAGUUGUCCUGCUUCAUCGAAUCAGACUGCCAUUGGAUCUUCCUGUAUUGUUAUUCUACUUUAAGCUCCUUUUGCUGGUUGCCGUGAAUUAAAAUCAAUAAAUAUCUGUCAACGUGGGUGUAAAGUGGUUUGUGUAAUUUCACCAGGAUUUCUUUAGUAGCACAGGAAUUGUUUUAUAUUUUAGGAAAUGUGCAGUACAAAAGGGCUGUGUGGGUAAAUGUGCAUGGAUCAGUGAAAAGGCUGAAUUAUUUUGUAAAAUAAAUAUGUACAGCUUAACUGAACUGAAGUAAUUAGGUCAAGAACAAAUCUCUGAAAUGAUUAGAAAUUUUAGAUAUGAAU